AUGUCUUUCCCAUACAAGCACUUCCUCCUCAUCGGCGCGACCUCAGGCAUCGGCAAAGCAAUGGCCGACCGUCUCAUUGAAAGCGGCGCCAAAGUAACAGCAGUAGGAAGACGUCAAGACCGACUAGACGAGUUCGUGCGCCAACACGGCGAAGACAAAGCGAGUGCAAUGAACUUCGACAUCAGUAAAACAGAACAGGCGCCUCAGUUUGCCAGAGAUGUCUUCGCCAAGUACCCAGAUAUUGACUGCGUGCAGCGUCAGCACAAUCUAACAAGCCAGGAGACAUUCAAGCUGGACGAGUUCCUCAAUGAAGUCCAUGUCGAUUUCACGAGUCUGGUGGCUCUUGCUCAUGCUUUCUUGCCUUAUCUUAAGGCCAAGACGGAGCCUGUUGGUUUUAUUUUGUGA